GUUGCCUAGUGAUCCUAAGGAAGCUGAUGUGUUGUUCCUUCUCUGCAUCGAAGGAUCAGGAAGUUUGUGCUCUCUGCGUGGCUGAGAAGUUCUUUACCUACUAGAACGGGGGUGGGGGGUGGGGGGACGGGUUUCCUCCUGAAAUAGAGCUCAAGCUGCUACCUGCGUCUGGCCGGAACCCAGGAGUAACGCCAGUUACAACGUUAAAGACAUUGUGCUAGUUGCUGUGGAGAAUUAAAAAACCCAAGAAGAUAAUAUCCCUGCCCUCAAGAAGUUUACAAUUGAGAGACAGCCAUACCAAAAGAAAGACUAUAAUUAUACUGUAAAGGAAAAACCGUUCAGCAUGACCACUUUAACUCACCGGGCCCAUCGCACUAAAGUGGGCAAGAACCCCGAAAAGAAGGUAGAAAGUGAGGAAGACACGGCUAAUCAAGACAGAAGUACAGACAGUGAAGAUUCUGGAGACGCCAAGGAUAUCCGCCUCACCCUUAUGGAAGAAGUAUUGCUCCUGGGACUAAAAGAUAAAGAGGGUUACACAUCUUUCUGGAAUGACUGCAUAUCAUCUGGCCUGCGAGGGGGCAUCCUGAUAGAGCUGGCCAUGCGGGGUCGAAUCUAUCUGGAACCCCCUACCAUGCGUAAGAAGCGCCUCCUAGACAGAAAGGUACUGCUAAAGUCAGACAGCCCAACAGGUGAUGUUCUACUGGAUGAAACUCUCAAACACAUCAAAGCCACGGAACCCACAGAAACUGUCCAGACAUGGAUAGAGCUACUCACCGGCGAGACCUGGAACCCCUUCAAAUUACAGUACCAGCUGAGAAAUGUAAGAGAGCGAAUUGCUAAGAACCUAGUAGAGAAGGGUAUUCUAACCACUGAGAAGCAGAACUUCCUCCUAUUUGACAUGACAACGCAUCCAGUGACCAAUACAACCGAGAAACAGCGACUAGUGAAAAAACUUCAAGAUAGUGUCCUAGAGCGGUGGGUAAAUGACCCUCAGCGUAUGGACAAACGGACUCUAGCACUCCUGGUGCUAGCCCACUCCUCUGACGUGCUGGAGAACGUCUUCUCCUCUCUGACAGAUGACAAGUAUGAUGUGGCAAUGAAUCGGGCCAAGGACCUAGUAGAACUGGACCCUGAAGUGGAGGGGACAAAGCACAGUGCCACAGAGAUGAUCUGGGCUGUGCUGGCAGCCUUCAAUAAAUCCUAAAGCUAGCACGUGGGUUUUCCCUUCCUCCCCUGCUGGCUUGGUGACUGUCAGAGACACCAUCACUGAGUUUUGUGUGAUGAGAUGUUUUUCAUCAUUUUUCUUUCCUUCUCUUGAAUCAGACUUGGGAUUUGAGGAGAGCAACUUCAGGGCUUCUCCACAGACCUUUGACCGCUAUGAGCAGACUUGAUUCCUCCCUAGACUUGCACUCCAGGGGCGAAUAAACUAGGUGAAACCACACAUGCCCAAUAAACAUUUUCUGUCAUUUCUUGGUUUACUUUCAUCCAGUGUGCUUUGGGACAAGCAAGAUUAUCUAAGUGGGAUUUGGAGUUUUCCAGCCAUAGAGGGCGAAUGAGAUGUAGAACAAACCAUUGGUUACAUUUUUUUUUUAAGUCUUGCUUUCUAUCUUCAAUACAUGUUUCCACUCUUUGUCUCUCAGACUCUUCUAAGUCAUGUAGUUUAUGAAAAUAACUGUCCCUUUGAAUAAGGAUCAAUGGAAACAAAACUCGUUUUUGGAGCAGGUGAUCUCUGGGAUUAUAUAUCCCACUAGUGAUUUUCUCAUGUUCCUAUUCUAGCCUAAUGAGAAUGUUCCAAAUUUGAGUACCUGGUUCUCACAGCUCUAGUACCAGAAAUAUAUGCUCUACUUUUUCUUAGCAUUAUCCUACUCCAUUAUUCAUUAGGACAGAAGUCGAAAUGAAAGAAAUAUAUUUAUCUCUCAGCCACCUCCUUCAUGCAGGAGGUGGCAUCAGGGCUUGGCACCCGUUAGCACACGACUGUCCUGGUUCCUCCAGGCUCCUUUGAGCUCUCUACUCUGACCGAAUCCAGAGACUUAUAAACUUCAGUUGCUGAAUAGCAGCAUCCUGAGUCUAGACAGUAUCUCUAAACUCCAGAUCCUCUUGUUCCCUGUUUUUGGCUUCCUACGUAAAUGGAUAGGUUCUGUCUACCUUUAGAGGGUUCUGGAAGUAGUUUUGUCUGUUUAACCCACAGAUACCUCCUAGUCCUUCAUCUUGUUUCAACACACCCAUCCUUCUAACCAAAUCUCUAAAAUGUUUUUCAGUUGAGGUAAUACAAAGAGAAGCUUAUCAAGAAAAACCCUAGUUGGAGGGUUGGUUUGGUGUCUAAAGCAUGCUGACAGAAAGUUCAGAUUUGGACUAGCGGACAGGCCUCAAACUGUGCUAACA